AUUGAAUGAAUGCACACAAAACAAUGAUUUUUGAGCAGGCGAACUCAACGGUCCUCUGUUUCCUGCCUGUAUCCGGGUCCUGUAUGGAAGCCCGUGCGAGGCUGUCCCGGAGACCCCGCGCUGCCUGCACCUCUAUCGUCUCGGUUGACAUGGACGAUGAAGAUGGCAGGUGCCUGCUAGAUGUCAUUUGUGACCCAGAAGCACUCAACGAUUUUCUUCAUGGAUCAGAGAUACAUCUGGACACUGACGACCUUUUGGAUGGCUCUAACGACCCCUCCAGCUCGUUCUUCUCUUCUGUUGGGUGCCACGUUCCAGAGGUCCCACCCCCAGUCCAGCUGUCGUCCAAUGAGCAGCAAGGCCUGCCCCGGGUCAGCGUGGACCUGGACUUCCUGGAAGAUGAUGUCAUCCUGGACGGGUCGCCGGGCGACGACGGUAGCAACGCCAUGGAGCCAUGCGACAUCCUGCAACAGAGCCUGGCGGAGGCUAACAUUACAGAGCAGAGCCUGCAGGAGGCCGAGGCAGAGCUGGACCUGGGCUCCUUCGACCUCACCAUGCCAGGUCUGACUCAGGUGGUCCAGACCCUGCCCUGUACAGACAGCCUGACUGGGUCUGGAGGGACCGCUGCGGGGGUGGGGCUCCCCAUCUUCCCUGGAGCUCCAGGCUCCUCCGCCACCCCUCCCCAGGCCACAGCUGACAUGCUGGGCUCGGUGCUGGCCCAACAGGGCCUGGAGUUUGGGCCCCAGGUCAUGAACAAGGCCCAGGCCAUUAGUAUGCAGCCUUUCAUGCAGCAGGUGGCAGGCCUGGGUAACGUCACCCUUCAGCCAAUCGCCUCCCUCCAGGCCCUACCUAACGGCUGUCAGUCAGGACACCUGGGGCUGGGACUGGGGCAGAUACAGGUGAUGGGCCAGCCCACUGUGAUGACUAUGAACCAAUCAGGACAGUCCAUCCUGGCCAAGGGUAUGGGAGGAUACCAGCUGCACCAGCCUGGCCCCGAGGCACAGGGGGCAGGUGGGCAGGGCGGACUGGGAGGGGGACUUCUGAUCCAAGGGGGAAAAGCCACUCUGGGACCUCCUGCUUUAAACGGACCAUCGGUUUGCGGUACCACAGGAACCUUGGUUGGGUUCAGUAGCCCCGGACUGGCACAACAUGGGCAGAACCAUCCCCAAGGACAGAUCAUGCAGAACUUGAUCGUCCAGCGAACUCCGACCCCCAUCCAACCCAAACCCCCUCAGGGGGGAGCAGCCAUCCAGCCCAAACUGUUUAAGCAGCAGCAGCAGGCCCAGCCACACGCCUUCCAGAAUGAAGCCAACAAGGCUCUAGGGGUGCAGCAUGUCCCUGUCUCCACUUCCCAGAAUGUAGCCUUCCUGACAGGCAAGCCUGGCGCCAACGUGGUCCUGACCUCCCAGGCAGGGCUUCCCCAACAGGCUCUGUUCAAACAGCAGACGGCCCACCACCCCUCUGGGAAAGCACUAAGUGUCCACCUGCUCAACCAGCCCGGCAGCAUCAUGCUGGGGGGCCAGAACCACCAGUUCCUCCUGCCACAGCAGCUAGCCGGGGGUCAGAUCCUCACUCAGCACCCAGGGGGCCACAUCAUCACCUCCCAGGGGCCUGGGGGCCAACUGAUAGCCAAUCAGAUCCUGGCUCAGCACCAGAACAUCAACCUGGGCCAGGUGCUGAUGUCUCAGGGCCACAUCCAGCUGCAGCCGAGCCAGAUGGGACAUCAGCUCUUCCAGAUGCCUGUUACCCUCUCCCAGAGCCAGACCCACCCGGUCACGGGCCACCAGGCCCACACGGUGAUCCAGGGCAUGCCCCUGCAGAACUCCCUGGCCAUGCUGAGCCAGGUGGAGGGGGUGAGUCCUGCUGUCAGCCUGCAGCCCGCUCUGCAACCGCAGCCGGGGGGCGUUCCCAGCAGCGGAAUGGGCGGGGCAGCUGCCAUGGCACAGGGCCAGCCUGGGGAGAGUGGGAGCUGUACAGACCAGGCAGCCCAUCCUGGACAACCCCCCCAGCACUCCUCCAUCCUUUCUAUGCAGACUGGGCCCUCUGUCUCUGUGGCUGUCUCUGUCCCCUCCUCUUCUCCAUCCUUAUCUGUGUCCUCCACGUCAGCCCAGCAACAACACAGCCCCGGGAGCAGGGUGCUCUUCACAGGGCCACAGGGCUCCAGCAUGAUCCUCAGCCAGGAACACCUCCAGAUGUUUCUCCAGCAGGACCAGCGACAGACAGAGAAUGACCCCGCCCCCUCUGUCUCAGUGUGCGUGCCAGCGUCCGUUAUCGUCAGCAGCAACAGCAGCUCUGGCAACACACCCUCGGGUCUUGACAGCCAAUUAGCUGAGGCAGCAGUGGUAAAUCAGAUGCCCCAGGCGGCUGGACAGCAGUUGAAGCUCCAGAGCCUGUCCCCCUCCCAGCCCCUGGCCUCCCACACUGCUCCCCCUCUGUCGGACAGCCCUCAGCCCUCCCCCUUCCCCCUGCAGUCCCCCCACCACCAUGGCCAGUCCCGCACCCCCUCCCAGCCACAGACCCCUGUCCGCUCCUGCACCCCCUCAUCUCUUCCCCCAAUGUUCAUUAUCCACAACCAGAUCCCGGGCUCCCCCCAGCCUGCACAACAACAACAACAACAACAACAACAGAUGCACAUCCAGUCCCGGCCCCCCUCCCAGCCUGCUCCCUACCAACCUGACGUCCCCCCUCCCACCUGCUCCCCCAAACCCUCCCAGACUCUCCAGGGCCCUCCUGCAGGGUUCCAAUUUACGGUGCCCGAGGUGGGGGCCCCCGGCGGCGGAGUGGUGAAGACCCAGGCUCAGCCCAUCGCUCAGCCCAUCGCUCAGCCCAUCGCUCAGCCCAUCGCUCAGCCCAUCGCUCAGCCCAUCAAUCAGCCCAUCAAUCAGCCCUCUCCACAACAGAAACAACAGCAGGUCCAACAGAGCAUUAUAUUACAGGCCAAACAGCAGCAGCACAGCCAACCCCAAACUCCACCCCAACAACAAGCCCAGUUCAGCUCACAGCAAGAUGUGCCUGCUCUUCUGAUCCCACAACAGGCGUCUGUGCUGGUCAAGACUCCUGCCACAGCAUCCAAUGACGUGCAGGUGUUCUCAGGAGUGCAGGGUCAAGGCGGAGUUGAGGUGAACCAAGGGGGCGUGGCUCCAGCUAGUUUUAACCAUCCGCCCGGUCAACAGUCACUCCACCAGUCUGUGCAGUCAAAGACUGAAGGACUGAUCGGUCAGAUGGGUGUGAGGAGCCUGGGGAUGAUCCAGGUGAUCGGGUCAGGUCUGGGUCAGAUGACGUCAACACAGCAGCACACACCUGGUCUGGUCUCGCUACAAACACAGACUGCUACUAUGAAGAUGCCUUUCAGUAUUGCUGAACCCAGCAAGGAAGCCAGGAUGUUGGAGCAGCUGAGGAAGCAGCAGGGUUCAGUCCUCCACCCAGACUACAGCUCUUCCUUCCAGUGUUUUGAAGACACCCUGACCCGCCUGGUGCCUUACCACCUCUACCAGGGCACUGCCACCGCACCACACGACUACCACAGAGGUACACACACCCUGACCCGCCUGGUGCCUUACCACCUCUACCAGGGCACUGCCACCGCACCACACGACUACCACAGAGUGGAUGAUGAGUUUGAGAGUGUUUCCAGCCAGCUCCUGAAGAGAACGCAGGCCAUGCUGGAUAAAUACAGACACCUGCUUUUUGAGGAGUCAACGCGCCUUGGCCCGUCAGCUGAGAUGGUAAUGAUGGACAGGAUGUUUAUUCAGGAGGAGAAGAUCUCUCUUGGACAGGACCGCAUCCUCGCCAGGGACAGACCUGAGGAGUACGUUGCCAACUCGAAGCUGCUGGAGCGGGAGAGUGUAGCUGCCAGGGUGCCCCAGUCUUUUGUGUCUGCUGAGCCCAGCGUCGUGUGGAGUCGUGUAUCUGUGGCAGGGGCAGAUACAGGUCCUACCCCGAUCACAGCCUCAACACCGGCCCACUUUCCCUCCACCAAGCUGGUGAUAAAGCAGGGAGGAGCGGGGGCGUCUGCCUCCUGGUCCAGCUCCCCAGCUCCUGUAGCCAGGUCGGGGUCAGGGGUCAGACAGACAGUUGACACCCAGAGUCACAGCUCCUCCUUCAGCCACGGUCCUCCGCCUCCUUCCUCGUCCAGCUCCUCCUACCGCUCCUUCUCCUCCAACUCCUCCUACCGCCCCUCCUCUCGUCCAGCUGAUGAUGAUGAUGAUGAUGAUGAUUCUCUCCCCCAGAGGACCAGUAAACCUCCCAUGAAGACUUACGCCGCCCGCCCACGCAUCGGCUUGAAGCUCAAGAUCAAACAGGAAGCGGGGCUUAGUAAGGUGGUACACAACACCGCCCUCGACACACCAUCCACACCCCAGCCUCAAGCCCAACCACACCCCACCACCCAGCCACAAUCAGCACUGACGCACCCGAAAGCCCGAGCCGUAGCAGCACUAGCCACUCCUCCUUCUAUAACUACUGUCAUUAGGACUCCACCCCCUACCUGUAAUGCCACUUCCUCGGCAACGGUCUCCAUAGAAACCACACAGGCGACCCCCAGCCCCCUCCAGAGAGUCACAGCCCCCCCACCCCCCUCCUCCUAUCACCCUUGGUCUUCAUCAUCAACGACAACACCAUCCUCAUCCUCUUUCACUGCUCAGAUUAACGGAACGUUAGAACAUCACAGUGUGGGUGGAGUCGAGCGUAACCCCGCCUCCACGGUCACUCCUCCUCAGACCACCUGCCGCCUACCGCUAAGGAAGACUUACCGGGAGAACAUCAGCCCGCGCGUCCGACCGGGCGUACCGGGAGGAGGAGGAGACAGUGUCCCGUACCCCCGUCCCUCCCCCUCACCCCCCAAAUCGCCUCUCCCGCCCUCCUCACCCUCUGCCCUCUCGGAGCGGACAGUGAUCUCCAACGUGAAGUUGGAGAAGAGAGGAGGCAGCUCCAGGGAGGUGGGCUCCCACGCCCACACAGAGCCCAGCCGAGAGGCCCCGAGGCUGGGGAACUCCACCUCCUCCUCCCCUGGCUUAGGUCUGGAGGUGUUGUACCGCGGCAUCAAAAACACAAACACUCACCCUCACCUCUCAGACAGAACCAGAGACGGUGAGGGGGAGCAGGGGGACAGAGGGGCGGACAGAGGAGGGGACAGAGGGGCGGACACAGGGGCGGACACAGGGGCGGACAGAGGGGCGGACAGAGGGGCGGACAGAGGGGCGGACAGAGGGGCGGACAGAGGGGCGGACAGAGGGGGGGACAGAGGAGCGGACAGAGGAGGGGACAGAGGGGCGGACAGAGGAGCGGACAGAGGGGUGGACAUGGGGAGGUGUAAAAGGGUGAGCAGUAAAAACCAUCAGAGGUCAGGGAGCGGAACGUUCAGAAUGGACCAGCAUGCCCCUGGGCCCCCGUCCACGGCGCCAGAUGCUUCCUGUUACAGAGACUCAUCACUUCCUGCUAAGCGCUGUAAGUCAGACUCCCCUGACAUGGACAACGCCUCCUUCUCCUCCGGUUCCCCGCCACACGAUGAGUCUCUUAACGAGCACCUGCAGUGUGCUAUCGACUCCAUCCUCAACCUGCAGGGCCAGGUCCAGGGGCCCCCACCGCGUGGGGCUAAAGGGGGCCCCGCCAGGCCACAACGCGCCACGGGCCCCCAGUCCUCCUCAAACACACACAGACCCUCCUCCUCUUCCUCAUCCUCCUCCUCUUCUCAGGUUGGAGGCAGAGGACGCAAUGGCGGCCUGGUGCCACAGACUCAAGGCAGAUAACACACACGGGACAGUAGAGACUGAAGAGGAGGAGAGGCGGACAGAAGUCUCGCUGUGUUUUAAUGAACUGUUUGUCCAUUUAAAUGUUGUCUACUUUACAACAUGAUGCUCACAGUCUCUCCAUGGAUGAGUGGAUGAUGACUCUCUCUCUCUCUCUCUCUCUCUCUGUGUGUAAAAAGGUAUUGUGUUUUA